CGUGGCUGGGAGGAGCGUCGCCGCGGCAUGGCUGUUCCGGGGUCCGGGCUUGCGUUUGAACUGAAAAUUCCUUUUCCAUCGUCAACGUUGGCCAAGAUUGCCUUGGGUUCUCUGGCCCCAGAUCCUGAGCCUCGCAAAGGAGGGAUCAUCAAAGAACUGGAUGUGACAGACAACAUUUUACAUGUGCAAUGGAGAGCAGAGGAAGCUAGGAUCCUGCGUGUUUCCAUUAACUCCUUCUUGGAGCAUCUCUCCUUGGUGGUGGAAACUAUGGAUCUAUUUGGACCACCUGUGGCUUGAUAAACUGUUAUAUCAGAUCAAUAAAAUGGCUACUGGACUUGGCCACUCACAGCUGAUUUCAGAGGAGGCAUUGGACUGUCCUUUCUUGGAGCCAGGAUGGA